AGCCGCUCCGGCAGCUGUCCCCUCCUCGAGACAGUAUCGCAUUCAGGACUAUCGAAAUCGCACAGCCCGUCACGCGGACGUCUCGCACACGGUAACCCACUCUACCCUACCACUCCGGGGCCUCGGCUACCCUCGUGUGUAGCCCCUGGCAAGGGCUCCACCUCAGGAGACAUGGCAGCUGCGCUGGAUCAGAGCGAUCCAGCAAAGCAGAAGAGCCACAAUGAAGGGGAGGAGCAGGAGCAGCAACCCAUUGACAUUAGAGCUCGAGUCGCAGCUUUUGAGAAGAGGUCGGAUACUGCUGCAGCACCCCCUCUACCCCCUCCCCGCAAAGCAUUCUAUGUCAAACCGGAAAGUUCGACAGCACAAAGUGGCACCAGCAGCAUACCACCGCCACCUGUCAGUAUCAGCCAUGGAUCCCCAGCGAGGCCUAGUGUUACUACGCAGGACAUCAUCAGCCGGGUCAAUACCACCCCUCGGAGUAGAGGAGACCUCACCCCUGGCACGACCUCUUCCUCUCCCUCCCUGCGUUCGGCACCUUCCUUUCCAGGAACGACUACCGGUGGCUCAGAUUCGCCUUCUGAGUUCGGUGUCCUCUCACCACUCUCCUCUCGCUCUCUUGGGUCACGUCUAACUGGCGCCGCCUCCUCUUCCUCCUCAAGCUUGCCUCUACCCCCUUCUAACGGCAGAUCUUUGGGUACAAGCCCCAACGUAGCCCUGUCGCCCUUCUCUGCCGCUUACAAAGGAGGCAGUGGCGGUCUCGCCCCUACAGCGGGACCAUCGUCAUCUCAUUCGUCUCAGUUCGAUGCACUAGCCGAAGCAGGUAGCGUGAAGAGGGUGGGAAGCGGUACUAGCCUCAAUGAUCUAACUACAUCGUCCAUUGCUCGAGCCCGGGAGAGGGGCAGUGGGGUGGCAGGAGUCUCAGGAAAGGUCCCUUUGCCGCCGUCUGGAGUACCUGGGGGCAGUAUGACCAAUGGAUCGUCCUCGUCAUUGGGCGUCUUCAUGCCCAGUGAUAUGACAGGUUCCUCUUCAGGCGCUGGUAGUGCCGGCGGCCGAGCUUCGCCGGCCCUUCCGCCUCGUAGCGGUCUCGCUUCCACUCGCGGUCUGCACAAACGCUCAUCAGGGAGCUUGUCCCAGAUCAGCGACGCGCACUCUGCGACUGUCCCCGCAUAUGCCAUGAGGAGGAACCGGUCGACCACGGAGUCGCCGUUACCUUCGCCUUCAGUCCGAUCUCUCAAUCCGCUAGACGACGAUGACAACGAUGUGGCAGGCCGCGAAAAGGUGGAGGGAGGUUAUGGCCUUAUUCUGCAUCCUACAUUGAAACCAACCACGAGCCCCGUUGCCUCGAGGCCCGCUUCAAGAGCCUCCAACUCGCGGUCCGUGCCAUCAUCCCCUCAAGUCGGGCCUCCAGAAGCCGCAGAUCUGCUGAGCGUUCAGAACCGGGUUAGAGUGGGCGUGCAGCCUCCCACUCCGAGCCCGGAGAAGAAUCAGGAAGGGACAUUCUCAAUGGCAAAGGCUCCUUACAUGUCGCUGUACGAGCCGAGGAGGAAUCACAGCAUUGACAGCACAGCCUCUUCGGAGGAAAAAGAAGCAUCAGACGGCCGAUCUCAGUAUCACAGAGGGCAAGCUCCGAGCCUACCUCCCCGUGGGGGAGCUGCAAUGCACUCCUCGUCGAGCCUGCCAUAUGUUCCCUACAAGCAGCGAGGAGGCAGCGGUAGCGGCCUGAUGCUAUCGUCCUCCAGCGCGGGAGGCGUCGUAGCAAGUAAAGUUCCACCUCCACCAUCUAUGCCUUCCACAUCUCUACCUUCAUCAAGCCAAGCUCCUGCUAUCCCACCACGACAGCCGAGCACAGCAGGUCCCCGUCAUUCGACAGGACACUCUCCUGCAGCGUCCGUGUCCUCUUCCCCUACUCAGUCACCUAAACUCGCAGCGGCGUCCAAAUUUGCGCAGCGUUCUAGCCGCUCAGGAGGACCAGGCUACGAGGCGGUGUCUCGAUCCGCGAAUGCUGGCCCUUCGGGUAGCGGCAUGGGAUUAGCUGCUAUCCAGCCACCCCCCUCUCGCUCUCGUCUGCGAUCCUCAAGCGAAGGUCCAUUAGGCGAGAUGAGAGCUCAACAUCCUCACGAUGGUCGUGCUUAUGCUCAUACUCAAGGCGCCACGAACGGCGAAGCCUAUGCAGCAGCGAGCAGUGCGCCCAUUGUAAGGGAUACCUUCCACGGCACUCUCGCUUACCGAAGCUCGCAAGCUUCCUUGUACGGCAAACGGGCAGCAGCAGCAGCGGGUGGGUCUGCUCGAUUCAAGCCAGCUAGAAGUCUAGCGCCUGCGGAUGAGGCUGCCCGGAAGCGGUACGAGGACGUGUGGGACCGCGAGGUACAGCGAAUGGAGCGCAAGCAGCAGAGGAAGAAUGGCAAGAAAGAAGUCGAGAGUGGCUCUUCAGGAGUGGAUAUAGAAAGUACCAUCCGGAAACCUCUCGACCUCCGGUACCCCGCAGUACGCGCAAACCCUCGGUACAGCUCAGCAUCACCCCUCCCUCCUCCAGCACUCGUCUCCCCGCACAUCGUGUAGGUAAAAUCUGGCGUAAAUCUCGACUACCGGAAGUCCUGCUGAGCCAAAUUUGGAUGGCGGCAUUGGCAUGGGAUAGGGAUUGCGAGGCGGUACUCAGUCCCACUCCACCUGAGGCGUCGUCCCUGCCUGCGACAGGGAUGGGUGCGAGUGCGGGUGCGGGUGCGACAAUGAGUCUUGGAGGGGCAUUCGCUAUGCAGCAGGACUCCGCGCGGGCCGGUGGCAGUGGGAGCGGGACUGUAGACAAGAAGGACAAGGGAGCUAUCACUACCUCUUCUACCUCGUCAUCUUCACCCAACGUUGGUCCAAGCAAAGAAGCCUUCGUACGCGCACUCGCCGCCAUCGAUGCCGAGCUAGCGUAUCGUGCCGAAGGACGCGCACAGAGGAAGGCCCUGA